AUGGCAGACCCCUCAAUGUACAACUUCUUCAACCAGCCUUCUUCAGCUUCAAGACCCACCAAGAAACACCCCCAAAGACCUUCCCCAUCUGCUCCUCCUAGGCUUUUCCAAUGCCUUUACUGUCCCAGAAAGUUCUACACUUCACAAGCUCUUGGCGGCCACCAAAAUGCCCACAAGCGUGAACGAGCCGCUUCUCGUAGGAAGUUCCCUACUGAUCAGGAUCAGACCCAACAAUGCACCACCCUCCAUCAUCAUCAUCAUCAUCAUCAGAUUAGCCCAGCUUUCUCCACCUUCCCUACUGAACCACCCAUGGAUCACCACCCGGCUGCACAACAAGGCCCAUAUCUCGACCAGUGGCUCCAGCCCUUCCAACCCCACCUCCCCCCUGCCGGCUUCGUUCCUCAUCAGGGAUUCAGUGCUGCUUCUUCUCCCACCAGUGACGCUUAUGACUCUGCAGUAGAUGUUGACCUCACUCUCCGUUUAUAA